GCUGUUGAGGUCAGAUUGUGUGAGGAGGCGGGAUGAGGCUCAGUGUGUGUGAUCGCAGCCUGAUUAACACACACGGUCCUCAGCCUCCUCUUGAACAAACACACACUCCGUGACUUUUCGGCUCUUCAUCAUGGACUUGGACCCCGCCGUCAUCGUCCCCGCCAUCCUCUUCACCGUCGUUGCCAUUUAUUUCGCUACUUCGCUCCUCAGCAGGAAGCCCGAUGUCUCCUCCUCCUCGUCUGCCGGGAGCAAGAGGUCCAAACUCGGGUACGGAGACGACCUUCUUCCACAAGGAGCUCUGGAAGAAGAGCCCGAAGCCUCCCUGCGACCAGAGCCUCCAGCUCCGAGCGUGGAGGACAUUGGGGCGGCCGAGACGAUCCAGGCUGUCCCAGAACCACAACAUGUCCCAGAACCAGCGCAGAUAUCAGAAGCUGAGCCGGAAGCAGCAGAAGAUCCAGAGGUCACAGAAGCAGUCAGAGCACCAGAACCUGUGGCUGAACCAAUAAAAGUGCCAGAGACAAGAGCAGAGCAACCACCAGCACCAGAAGCAGUCCCUGAACCAACAAAAGGGCCAAAGUCUGUUCUAGAAUCAGUCACAGUAUCAGAACUUGUGUCUGAAGCUGUGUCAGGCCCAGAACCUGUUCUCGAACCAGAUGAAGCACAAGAAGCAGCAGCAGUGUCUGAACCCAUACCAGGCUUGGUAUCAGGCCCAGAACAAGCUGCAGAACCUACCCCAGAGUCCAAACCUGUAGCAGAGCCCUUAUCAGAACCAGACAGGUCCCCUGAACUCUUAUCUGAACCCCAAACUGUCCCAGAACCUGUUACUGAUCCAGAACCUGUGCUCGUGUCUGAAGUGGCAGCCCAGAAGCCCGCGACUGAACCUGAAGAACUGCUUGAGCAGAUGCCCGGACCCAAUGAAGGUCUGACAGAACCAUCGCACAAGCAGGAACCAGAACCAGAGACCAUCCUGGAUGAUGAUGUGGCUGCAGCUGCUGAUGUGCUGAGCUUCACUCCGGGAAUGAAACAGAGUAAGAUGGCAGUGCUGAUGACCCAGGAGGACAUGGAGGAGGAGCAGAGGGUGCAACAGGAGCAGCUGGCGGCCAUCUUCCAGCUGCUGAAGGCGAACCAGGAGGUGACGGAGGCCGACAUAGAGGAGCAGCUGAAGCUUUACUCCCUCUGAAACACGAGAUACGCCAUCGAUCUGUCCACUCAGGAAGUCUAUCACCAUGACCGCCAUCACCAUGACCACCAUCACCAGCAUCAUGUCUCCAGACUGCAGCUCGCCAUCUGUCAGACUCUAGGGACAUCACUUCCUUCCAAAGCAAUGCUAGGCUAAAUUGUAGUAGCAGUUUGAAGAGCGCGCUAAUGGAAGCUGGCAGGCUUCAGAUUCAUAUUCAUGGCAGACACGUGAGUGCGGCGGCGUCCUCGUGACGUUUCCCCUCAAACCGCUUCAUUGGCUCUCGUCUGAGAGCUUCUGAUGUCACCAAAGACCAAAAAAAGAAACAGUGUGUGGGAUGAUUUCAGCCUCAAAGCUCACUGAACUCUUUUCUACAUUAACUCUGUAAAAAACAUUUCAGUGCUCAUUAACAAACAUUUUUCAAAUAUUUGCUGCAAAUAUUGUUAUUUUAAAAUAAUAUUAAUGGAACAUUUUUGCAUCAAGAUUGUCAUGAAAACAACUUUUUUUCCCUCCACCGUUCAUUUUUUAUUUCAUAGUUCAUUUAAAGCAUUUAUAGUAUUUUUAAUUAGUUUUCAUAAUAAUAAUAAAAAUGUCCCCAAGUGUCCCCCGAGCUGUGAUUGGCCUCCUACUCAGGUCUGGCUGCUUCUUCUUCUGUCGCUGUUUUUCUGCACUGGAGCAUCUGCAGUCACAAUAAAGCUGUUUGAAUUCUC